AUGGCCGAGGCGAGCUCUUUGAGGAAUGCACGCGGUGUUCGAAUUCUCGCUCCACCAAGCUUGACCAGUUGUAUCGACAUCGUUGAUAGAACUACCGCGCCAUGUCACAACGACAGGCCAAUGCGUGGAGCUAUAAUUUCGUUUGAUUUCACAUACUCUUCAAAUCUAUUCUUUGUCCAGAAAGAAUCCGCUCCCAAAUUCAAUUUAAAUUUUACGAUUCAAAUUGAAGAAGAAUAUCAUGUACCCAUUGAGAUACAAGCUGUGGAAGCCAACCACUUUAACCUUGAGAACAACAUGGCAGAACUACUAAAUGACUCAAAAAAAUUCCCUACACUCAAAUUCGAGCCUCCGAAAGGUGGUGCAGUCGAGGCCCAAAUGUGCCCGCCCAUUAAUUAUGGCAACUGGGGCGACAAUUAUGUCAGGUUCAUGGUACUUUCAAACGUUUAUCCAUCAAACAUCAACGUAUCGGUAUCGUUGUCUACUAUAGAUGGAACUCACCAGCUUCGGCGCGCUUUUACCGGUGCCAGUCGCCCCUAUACGGCAUCAUCUCCCAACGAGAAAAAGCUUCGCGAACUCUUAUGUUGGACAGCAGGGCUAGGAUAUAUCGAAUUGUUUAAAGCAUAUCUCGAUCAAUUACCACUUGGAAUUGAGAUGGAGGAUGCAUUUGGCAUGACUCCGUUUUCGUGGGCAGCACGAAAUGGCUGGGCUCCAGUAGUCCGACUGGCACUGCAACAAACUGGUUCCAUUUGCGCCAGGAGAAGAACUACUAGGGGACCCGCCCCUCUCGAAGCUGCAGCACGCAGUAAAGAUGAAAUCAUUUUUAUAUUAUUUCUUAAGUGGCUCAAAUAUCUCGAAAAUCCAAUAGCAAUAGCUGCGACAACUGAGUCGGACGAAAUUCCUGAAGUCGUUCCCGACCUCAAUGACGACGAUAUUGAACGAGAGAUUCAAUCAGCGGUCCGCAAUGAGCAAACAGUAACAAUCCGCAAAUUAGUCGAAUACCUCCGCGAUAGGCAAGGUGGACAAGCUCAACAAGACAAAUGGCUGACCGCGAAGAUAGUAAAGGCAGCGGAGGAGGGGGACCUUUAUCUUGUUCAGGCUUUGAAAUCUUGUGGUGCAGACGUCAACUGCGAAGAUGAAAACAAAAUGACCCCACUUAUGGGCGCAAUAACCAAACGAAAAGCCAAGGUUGCUAAGUAUCUUAUUUUUCAAGGAGCUACGGAUAGUCAAAAUCAUGCAUUGCUUACUGCUGUAAUGAAUAAGCAGCACAGCACGAUUCGAGCACUACUCCAGGUCAAAACGCUGAUGGAAGGAGAAUCAAAGGAGGAAUUGACUCGAAUUGCAAAAAAAAACAAAGAUUCAACUACUCUUAUGCUACUUAAACUAGAGAAAGGAACCGAAACGUUGGCAACACACAAUGAUUUACAUCCACACGUCGACAGGCUCUUCCAAGCAACAGUGGCUGAUUUCUCAGAAGAUCAACCCCCGAAAUUUACUGAGCUUAGUGUGCAUAAGUUAAUGCAUAAAGAUCAAGAUUUCUUCGACUUAACAGACGAGUCUAAGUUUAAAUGGUUUCAUUUACCUGCAAAUAAUAUGAAGUGGGCUGAGGCUUUAAUCAGCAAAAUCUACUACCGAGAUUCAUCGUUAGCUUAUAAAGUCCUAGAGCAAAAGCGAUGGAUGAAGAGACAGCACGAGGGAAAAGAUGGUUCCUCACAUGCACGUUUCAUGAUGUCAGCAUGCCAUGAUUUCCAAGAGGCCUUUAAGAGCAAGAAAAAGAUUGCGUACCAAAAUGGAGACAGACAUGUGGUUCUUUUCAUGCCCUAUCUCUACUGGGACGAGGAAAUGGCAAUGAAAAGAAGGUCGAACUUUCUUGCUCCAUCCUCUCGAAAAGUAUCGCCCCCCUCUAGCAUCGCGAUGCCUUCAACCAAGGACUCUGCAGGAGAGUCGCUCUCUAGCACUGUGAUACUUCCCGUCAAUGGGUCUCAAGAUUCUACUCUGAAGGAAUUGUCUAAAAGAGAAUCUUUGCUCUUAGAAAAAUAUUUGCUGUCUGAAAGUGACUUCAAUAAAAGUUCUCGCCACGUCCUCCAUGUUCGACGGACUUUGGAUCAAUCUCUAUACCAUAAUUUAAAAGACACGACGGUUAGAGAUGGUGACCAAACUGUUCACCGAUAUCAAGAGAAAUUAAAUGAAGGCAAACGACCAGACGAGGUGGGCGAGUUCGCCGUUAUUAUGGUAGAUCAGCUUUGGCUAUGGAUUCUUCUCGGCCCAUCUGGAAAAGCUCAGGCAGUCGUAACAUGUUUUCCGUCCAGAGAUUGGUUCGACAUUCAGAAAGAGCCCGAGUCAAGGUUCGAGAGAUUAGACCCACAACGAACCACUGACGUUUUACAGACUACCAAAUCCUAUAUUCAACAAAGACCUAGCGCCGUGAAAACACCUUAUGACCUUGCGGGCGUUAUUACCAGCAGGUGUUCUAGAGCGCUUUUAGAUCACUCGACUGAUAUGCUUGACUUUGCAGAGGUUUAUGAAAACUCCAUCAGUGACAUUAUGAAUGAAGAAGUUUUGCUCUUCAAUACGUUUAAUUACCUGAUGCAAACUCGUACAAGAGAAAUAAGAGUACAGCUAAACGAGAAAGUUGAUACAAGAAAGACUGAUCCCAGUCCAGCAAUUGGUAUCGUGGAAGAAAUAUUGGCUCUGAAACACAGCAAAAAAAGUGUCGGGGAAAAAAAACAGUGCUGUCUAAAAUAUCGCCAAUACACUCGACAUACAGAAAUUCCAGAUGAAAACGAGAUUAAAGGACGAGGGAUAAAAUGUGAAAGCGAGGAGGAUCGUGUUACUGGGCUGAUUGAAAAGUUGGCUCGGUUUUACGUCCUUGAUAUAUCCAGAGAGGUCGCUCUCCUCAGACAAAUCAAAGACAUCCAAGAUGAAUUAGAAAUGAUGGGGAAAAUAUUUUCAGAUCAAAAAGAAGCUCUCGAAGCCAUGAAUCGGAUUAUCCACUCCAUGAUACAGUCGAAAAUGGAUCCUGGUAACGAUACACAGGCGGGAGCCACGAGCACCAAACGCAACUUACGAGAAGAUCUUAAUAAUCUCGGGCCAGAAGGAGAUAAUGACGACAUAAUCCAUGACUUUCGAAAGGACUACGAAUGGUCAAAUACCGUAGGUUCAGACAUAACAGACGAUUCAAGCAGUUUUGUUGGAGACGAGUAUUUAUUUGCAUACGAGCGUCAAGGGCACCUCGAUAAAGAAAGGCAAAAGAGGAAAGAUUUCACGAAUCAAGCUCAAAGUGAAAUAUGGAAUUUUCGCCAUCAGAAAGGCAAUCUUCCGCUUCGUACUGUUGAUCGAUUUGCGGACCAGAUCAAUAAAAUGAAUGAGCGAGCAAAGAAUACCAAUUCGGCGCUGACUACUCUCGUUGACUUAAAGCAGAAACAGAGUAACAUGAUCGACACUCGAACGGCACGGCUUCAGGCCGAACAAUCCCACAAAAUGGCAAUGGAAUCUGAAAAGCAAGGUAGAAUGCUUAUGGUAUUUACAAUUGUUACAAUUGUCUUCCUGCCCUUGUCUUUCAUCGCUGCCUUCUUCGCUAUUCCCGUUAAAGAGUUCAGCAAUAACAUCUUAACAUUGGACUUUGUGUCGAGAAUUACUUUCCCAGUAUCCGCAGCUACAUCGAUUUUGUUCAUUGUAAUUGGAUUUGCAGCUUCUAAAUGGGACUGGGUCAGAGAUAGAAUUGACGAACGCACGCCUGUUCAAACGCCGAGAACAAGUCUUCUGGAAGUGUAA